GGCCAGGGCGGGGCGGAGGCGGAGAGGCGGCGGAAAGUGGAGUUCUUCCGCAAGCUGGGCUAUUCCUCGGAAGAGGUCGUGGGCGCGCUGCAGAAGCACGGCGUAGAGGCGGACACCAACACCAUCCUCGGGGAGCUGGUGAAGCACGGGAUGGCCCUGAGGGAGAGGGAGCCUGCCCAGGCGCCCCAGGAGGCUCCCGAGGCACCGCCGGUUCCGAGGGCUCGUCCGGCCCCCCGCAGCCCCCCCGCCCAGCCUGUGCCUUCGGAAGAGGAGGAGGGGGACCACUUGCGGCCGGUCGUAAUCGAUGGAAGCAACGUGGCCAUGAGUCAUGGAGACAAAGACACCUUUUCCUGUCGAGGCAUCCUGCUGGCUGUGAGCUGGUUUCUUGAUCGAGGACACAAGGACGUCACUGUCUUUGUCCCAUCUUGGAGAAAAGAGCAGCCGCGGUCUGAUGUUGCCAUUACAGACCAGCACAUCCUCCAUGACCUUGAGAAGAAGAGCAUCCUUGUCUUCACCCCUUCCCGGCGGGUGGGAGGCAAGCGGGUGGUCUGCUACGAUGACCGCUUCAUUGUGAAGCUGGCCUAUGAGUCUGAUGGCAUUGUGGUUUCAAAUGAUGUCUACCGGGAUCUGCAAGCAGAACGGCCAGAGUGGAAGAAGUUCAUUGAGGAACACUUGCUUAUGUAUUCAUUUGUCAAUGACAAGUUCAUGCCUCCCGAUGACCCCUUGGGGCGCCAUGGACCCAGCCUAGAUAACUUUCUGAGGAAGACGCCAGCAGUGCCUGAGCACAAGAAGCAGCAGUGCCCUUACGGCAAGAAGUGCACAUACGGAAUCAAGUGCAAGUUCUACCACCCUGAGCGGCCGCACCAGCUGCAGCGUUCAGUGGCCGACGAGCUCCGGGCCAACGCCAGGCUCUCUCCAACCAGGGGUGCACCAGCCACCAAGGAGGAGAGGAGGAGCUGGAGACCCUCCCACGGGGAAUUCUGGGGCUCUGCACCUGCAGAGGGCGAGAAGGUCUUGGCUGAGAAGACAAACCCCACCCAUAAAGCUAGGCCUGGCAAUGUGCCACCCCUCUUCCUCAAAGGGGGUGCCCGCGGUGCCCCCACCCAGAAGAGUCACAGUUACAGGAGCUCAGAUCAGUACCAGCUGCUUCCCAGGGACUCCGCUGCCCACGUCUCUCAAGAUCACCUUGACUCAGGCAUUGGCUCCCUUGAAAACCAGCUCUCUGAGAUGUGGCCCAGCCCCUCAGCCAGCCAAGUCAAGGGGAGCCAGCAAGAGCUGCUUGGGGGGGGGCGCUGCAGGGGGCAGGUACCUGCCUACCGGGUCCCUCCUGGCCCUGGAUCCAGGAGUUACAGCCAGUACCUGCCUCAGAGCUUCCUGCCCUACAGCACAGAAGCAUCGCCUUCUGGCCAGGCCGCUCCUCGCUCUUUCCCCGGGUACAGCGUGGCCACCAACUCCCCUCUGGGCCCUGGACGCGAGUAUUGGUCUGAGCCAUACCGGCCGGGGCCUGCAGUGCACCAAGACCUGCCGAGGGCAUGCUGCCCGGCCUACGAGGACUCCUCUUGCCCCUGGUCCACCCCUGACAGUUUUGCAGAAGAGCGUGCAAAGGUGCACGUCAAGCUCUGUGGGAUCUUCCACCCUCACCUGGUGGAUGCUGUCAUGAGCCGCUUCCCACAGCUCUUGGACCCGCAGCAACUGGCUGUUGAAAUCCUCACGUACAAGACUCAGCACCCUGGGGUGUGACGCUGCUGGAGGAGGGAGGCCCGGCUCGGGGGCAGGGGGUGGAAUGUCCUCCUCUGCCUGCAGUUAGAGACCUUCAUCAUCCAACAGUCGCCGACAGACUGUGGGCAGGUGGGAGGGAAGGGCCUGCCUCAAGCAAUCCAAGGAAGUGCCCCAGGAACCCUGAUGCUGAGCAGUCUUUCUCAAGCCGCAUGAAGGCUCUCCGGUGUCCUUUCUGCGGCACCAGCUGCCCUGUCUGCUUGUUGGCACCAAGCUUCUUUGACCAGGAUGGUUUGUGCCAGGUGGAAUGCAGGCAGCAGCUUGGAAGGGGCACUCUGCCCUGCUGGUGCAAAGUGCAUGUCUCCUUCCUGGUAGUAGCUGCUCCUUGUUGAUACAGGGAGGAACAGUGGAGCAAGGUUGGAACUUCCUGGCUGUGGGACACAGCUGGAAUUGGAGAGGGCCCUGAGGGAGAAGGUGGCAUUAUGUGUUACAGCCGUGGCCAUUCCCCAGUUGGCUGCCAGGGGAUGUGGCCAGUCACAAAACAAGUCAGAGGGAGGGAGAGGUCAGGGACACCUCUGAUUUGCAGUCCUGUCAGCACUGCUUCCAGGUGGCCUGGAAACACUCUCCUUGUGGUGGUGGUCUCUUUUCAUUACCUUGUAUGACCUGUGGUGGGAAAAGCAGUUCUGGGGUCCAUCACUUGGGUUUGGGGUAUCCUGUCCACCCCAAGAACUUGAUGCUCAUGGAAAAGUUCCUGGCAAGGGCAAUGAGUGUCCAGGGGGUGGAAACUGACCUGUGGGGAAGGGAUUCUGAAAGGGCUUCCGGCUCCUCUGCUGGUUUGGUUGUCCCAGUGUUCUCCUUUCCCUUGCUUUGGAACAUGAUAUUCUGUGUUCUUGGAUUGCAAAGCAUAACAUUUCAUUUUGAGCCAGAAUUCAGCUGUCUUUGACCUCCCCAAAGUUCUGUGUUCCUACUCCAGAGUAAGAUUUGAAAAUAUCUGCCUCAGGCCUCCACAUUAUUUCCUCUCUCCUGGGACCAGCCAAGAGGCUGCUCUGCGUCCAUCCUCUCCUCCUCUGGUGCUGACCCUGGCAGACAGGCAAGUCGAGGAAUGGAGGAGGAGCAGCCUUUGCUCCAGUAUGCUGGGCACCACCCAGCGACAGGCACUUCCUGCCUCUGAGCUGCUGCCCUGAGAUGGAGCAGCGGGUCUGAAGAUGCUCUGUGGGGCAUCUUAGCGAUGUUAAACACUGUCACAGAUCCCAAGACUAAUUGCAAAACUCAUUAAUGUGAAACCAGGUGGCUUUCUAGAAAAGGCACUUGCUUGAAUUGACUCGGGAUUUUGGGGGAUCUCUUUUUAGUGCCAGGUGUGUUGGGCAACUUGCUUGCCUGGUGACAACUCAGAAGACACUUUGACCCUCCACUACUUUCUCGGGGGCUGCAGAAAGGCCCAUCUGAAACUGGGGGAGAGACGGUGUUUAUCUUAUCCUUUUCUAAAGGCUCAGUCUUGAUGAUUGGUAAGUCCAAUAUUAACAGUUACAGAUACUUUCGGUAAUGAAUUUGCAGCAAUUGCUACUGGUCCCUUUUCAGAAUAAGUGUGAUUCACUUGCAGACCAGGAGCAGUUGAUCAGUUGAUGCACAUUGUAUCUUUCUCUUAAGUGGUUCUUUGAGUGGUUGAUGCUGAAGUCAUCCCAGGGGGCAGCUGCCGGGGGGGAGAAGUGGGGCAGAAGCCCUUGCGGGCACCUGGCAGUCCCCCCAGGCCCUGCUCCCUGGAGAUUGGCCAGCCAUGCCAGCACCGUGUGCUGCAGAGACCAUGUGGCCAAAGAAAACCUGUAUACCUGGUUAAUUAUGAUCCAUCACAGAAAUGUGGUGUUUCAUGUUAGUAAGCAAAAUGCUUCUUAGUAAUCAUUUAUAAUCUCAUAACUUUGCACACUUGUAAAUUACAAGAGAUGUGGUUUUUAAUGAAAUGCUAUUGUGAACUGAGGCUGCUUGGCUGAUGGCUGGUCUUGCUUUAUUCUGCCCUAGGCAGAAUUGCAGUCAAGUGAAAAAUAAACCAGCCUUUAAACUUGGAACCAGCUGCCUCCCUUUUCUUCAAACCUAAAAGUUGUCUCUCUUUCUAAAGCAACAACAGUUGUACGAAUAAAAACUCUGGAUGUUAAAACUGC